AUGUCGUUGGCAGAUGGAGAAUACGAAAUAGAUCUAUCAGCUCUACUAGAUCUACCACCCAUAUCGGACGAUAACAACAAUGUGGCCAUACGAUAUGGGUUCAUUCCUGACUCAAUGGACCAGACCAAACCAAUAAAAUUAUAUCAAAAUAAAGAUGAAUGUAUACUUGAAACAACUGAUGGUGAUAACAAACCGAUAUUGUUUGAAGGUGUACCUCAGAGACAUAAGAGUGGUACAGCUAAUGAUUCAUACUAUUUAAGUUAUAUUCCUGAAAGGCCCAACGCUGUUGAGUUGAAGAAAUUAGGAACAACAAUUCGAUUUAACAAAUCAAGAAAUGUUAGCAAAUUAAGUACAAAGAUUAGCCAAUGGGAGAAGCAAGCUAGUUUACGAGAGAAUUCUCCUCCAAAGACAAGUCCUAGAAAAGCAACUAGUCCCAAAAAGGGAAAUGUUCUUCCUCCAAAACCAUUAACUCCUAGAACUGCAUCUAAACGUCCACCAUCUGCUUCCACUACACCUAAUAGAAAACUAGACCAUGAUAAUGACGAACCUAUAAUCAGUGAAUCUGACUUUGAUGAUUUAGAUGAGAGUGAUGGUGACGGAUUUCCAGUAAUUACUAUAGAAGAUACACAACCUGCCCAGGAAAAACAACCAGUUAAACCACCUGCACCACCCGCUCCAACAGUCCAACCAGUUGUACAAAAGAAACAGCCUGCUCCUAAAAGGGCUAUUAAGAAAGACGUAAAGAAACCACCUGAACCAAAUAAGUCAGAAGCAACUAAGGUAGAGCCAGACAAGAGUAUAGAUUUAGAUGAUGAUUUCAAAGAUUUAGAAGAUCAACUUCAAGAAGUUCUUGAACAAGAGGAACCUCAACUGGAACCUCCAAUCGAUGUUGAUUCUGAUGAAAGCGAUGUUGAUGAUUUCCACUUUACAGGCAUAAAAAUAGAUGAGGGGGCUUCUUCAACAAACAAAUUGAAUGACGUGUUUUCUAAUAGAAAAUCAGGAAUCAAACCAAUGAGUUUGCGUGAUUUGGUAGGUGGUGGAAAAGACGAUGAUUUAAGUAGUAGCGAAGAAGAGUAA